GUGACACAGAGGGCUACAGGAAAAAAGAAAGAAAGAAAGAAAUGGAUCAACAUGAGUAGGAGUUCAGCCAUGAGGAGGAAGCAGCUCCCAGUAUCCAACUGAAGCCCCUCUGCGCCUCUCCGGCUCCAGAUGGGAGGUUAUUAUGCCCGGCGUAAGCGUCACCGUGCGAAGUUUGUCUGAAGUGGAGAAAUACCUCAGCAGCCGGAUGGACCGGAGCACAGAGGGUGGAUUUUUUAGCCUGCCUUCAUCAAUGCGUCGGGGUUCUUCUGACAACAACCUGGACCUGGACCUCACAGAUGGGAGUCCUCGGUCUUCCUCCUUCUCGGAGGUCCAGCGAAGUCGCUCCUGCCUGGACAACCUCCAGCAGAAGAUCCUGAAAGUCACCGAGCAGCUGAAGAUCGAGCAGACUGCGCGGGACGCCAACGUGGCAGAGUAUCUGAAGCUGGUGAACAGUGUGGACAAGCAGCAGUUGGGACGCAUCAAACAGGCAUUUGAGAAGAGGAACCACAAGUCGUCCCAAAACAUCGCACAGAUGCAGAAGAAACUGGAGCAGUACCACCGAAAGAUGAAGGACAGUGAAGUUCUUCACAGCCCGCCUCCCAGGCCUCCCUCAGCCAAACGCAGCACCAUACCCAGGGAGUCACCCAGACAGCUGAGGGACAUGACCGGCAGCGGCCGCCACCCGACAAUGGACAAGAUCAAAACCAUCGGACCCGGCGUUUCUCUCUCCCCUCCUUUCUUUUUCAGCAAACCCAGAGAGUUCGCCAACCUCAUCAGGAACAAGUUUGGGAGCGCAGAUAACAUCUCUCACCUCAAAACCAAUCUCGACACGCCCUCUACGAUGUCCUCUGACAGUGCAGGAAAAGGGCUGAGCAGCAGCACCUCUUUGGUGAGCAAGCCCAAGUACACCAGUGAUGAUGAGUGCUCCUCCAUUUCAGCGGACAGCAACGGGAACCCCGCUGUGGGGGGGGCCCUGGUCAGACCGUUGCAGAGUCCGGUUCAGGGGCAGCAAGCAGGGGGAGAGAGUCAGGGAAGAUUGGAGCUGUGCUACGAGGAGGUGAGAGAGAUCAAAGAAGCUCAAAGCCAGCUGGAGGAGGACAUGGAGGUGAUCAAAGAUCAGUUCAAGAGAGAGUACAGUAUUCUAAGCCAAACACUACAAGAGGAGAGGUACAGGUACGAGCAUCUGGAGGACCAGUUGAAUGACCUAACAGAGCUUCAUCAAAAUGAGAUGGCUAAUUUGAAGCAGGAGCUGGCUAGCAUCGAGGAGAGGGUGGCUUACCAGGCUCAUGAAAGGGCUCGUGACAUACAGGAAGCCCUGGAGUCAUGUCAGACACGCGUGUCAAAGCUGGAGCUCCAGCAGCAGCACCAGCAGCAAACGGUGCAGCUGGAGAGCCCAGACGCUCGGGUCUUACUGGGGAAGAGCAUUAACAUCAUGCUGGCCAUCAUCACCGUCAUCCUGGUGUGCGUCUCCACCGCGGCCAAGUUUGCCGCUCCGCUGUUGAAGAGCCGCUAUCAUAUGGUAGCCACGCUGCUGGGCGUGUGCUUUUUGACCGUGUUCUGGAAGAACUGGGACCGUUUACAGUUUGCCAUAGACAAGCUCCUGAUGCCUGAUUAACAAUGUUGAGACCUUUCGGAAAAUAUCUUAGUCUGUUAGUUUUGAUAGAAGCGUCAAAGAAGAUUGGUUGUACAAUCUUCAGAAGAGGCGACCAUUUUUAGAGGUUCGUAUUUUUAAAAACAGACUUAAAUCAAAUUUAGGAUGUUUUUUAAUUUUGCUUUCAAAUGGAAUUUGAAUGUGUUUACCUCUCUGUUAAACUUAAACAAUUUGUAUGUUACAGUAAAUUGUCUCUACUUUAUCAAUGAAGUUGUCUUAAAAUUUAAUUGGUUAAGGACAGAUAAAAAAAAAAAA